CUCAACGCAGAGACGCAGGCGCUGCAAAGAGAGCAACACAGACGCGACCACCCAGAGCUUCCGUGGUCUGGACGCGGUCGACGCGAAGACGCCGUCGGGCAGCCCGCGAAACACAUCGACGGGCAGCCGUAAAACGCAAGAGCAACAACCAUGUACGGCGUGUCACGACCGGGAAUAAGACUGAAGCGCCCGCCGCGGCCGGUCAUCUCCAUCAACGACCCGCCGGGCGCGACGUCGCUGUUCACGUAUCAUGCCAUCCCACUGGACGCGCCGCGCAUCCCGCACGACCAUCUGAGGCAGAAGCGGCGGCACGCGGAGCUGCGGAAAAAAGCUGCGGAUAGGGAGCGGGAAAGGCGGCGGGCCGCGCGCCAGGCGAAGCAGCAGGCUGAAUUGAGGGAGCAGCAGGCGCGGGCACGGCGCCAGGCGCGGCCGCGGUCCGCGCCGGCGACGCGGCGGCCGUCGGUCGAGGAGCGGGCCCUGGACACCGCGAUCGCGGCCUCCGAACCGCGGACCACCAUCGCGAGGCCGCGGUCCGCGCCGGCGCGGCGGCGGCCGCCCAUGGUGCCGCGGCCGACGAUCGCGGAAUUGAUGCAGAGGCAGCGCGAGGCGCUUUCCAUACCGCGCUGCGCGCGGCUGCGGCCGCCGCCCGGGAGCUUCUACCGGGACUUUGUGCGGGAGGCGCCGCCGGUCGGGUCCUACGAGGUCACGUAUCCCGUGAAAAAAACGACCGCCAAGGGUGACCAGUCGAUGCGCUACCCGACGGGCGCGCGCGCGCCGCGGCCGUCCAUCCGCAAGAAGGCGAGCGACUACGGGUAUUCGCGGACGCACACGAACCCCGUGGACCAGGCCCGGGCCCUGGCGGCGGAGGGGCCCGGCGCGGGCGCGUACUCGCUCCCGCCGACGUACGGCGUGCGGAAGUCGUUCAACCGGCGGGCGGGGCCGGGGGGCAUCGGGGCGUUCGAUCUAAGGGCGCGGUUUUAAGAUAUGAAUAGUAUGCUUAG